GCCAGGAGAUGGCUCUGUAGUUUAUCGAAGCUUGUUUUCACCAUGACUAAAGCAAAAAGAAGGGUCAUCAUGCUGCGGCUUUUUUCUUGUUGUCGGUUGAAAAGUGAAAGUUCAGACUCGGAUAUGGCAGCAGCGAGUUGGUUUGGUUUGAGAUUAUUCCCUCGGCUCGCUUCCCAGUUGAGUCGUCUGUGUCAACGAACCGGGCCUCUUCAUCCCGGGGCUCCAGUAAGGCGUGUCAGUGGGACUCACCGCGCUCGGGUCGCGGAAAAGGGGAAUGAAACCGGCUGGGGCAAAACCCGGAGCCCAGAGCCGCCGAAAUUCACCGAGCUCGACAAGGCUGAUGCCUGGAUGCUGAGGAAAGCCCACGAAACAGGGUUCCUGUCGUGGUUUCGGAAUGGCUUGCUGGCCACAGGGAUUGGGGUGAUCUCUUACGUUCAGAGCGAUGUGGGGCGCGAGGCUGCCUAUGGUUUCUUCAUCCUGGGUGGAGUGUGUGUGUCGUUUGGAAGUGCCUCCUACAUUGGGAACCUGUUUGCCGUGCGCCGCACCAUGCUGCUGUCCCUCCCUGCUGUGCUGCUCAAUGGCCUGGUGGUGAGCUCUGCUGCCCUCUUCUGGCUGUGCGCGGUAGCGCUGUACAUCGGCAGGCUGGAGGUGGAGAUAGUGCGUGAGGGAGAGGAGGAGUGUGAGGACUGCAACAAUGAUGAAGAAGACAGAGACAAGAAGGACAAAUAAAUACUCUGAAGGCUUACUUGAAUGAUCUAAACAGGGGUGGGUCUUGAAAGAGUCGGGUUGUAAAUGGGAAUGCGUAAGAGGCUUUGGAAGUUAAACAAAGUCGAGGAAAGAGGGUAGGGAAGCUAAUAUAUAUACUUUUUUUUUUGCUCUAGGAGCCAGCUUCCCAACAUUUCAGUGUGUUUAACAUGCCUUUGUUAAUGGAAAGUGUGUUUGAAAACAAACAGUGGAGCUAUUUUUAUAGGCUUGUGAUGCCAUGGCAACUACACUAACUUAUUUCUGUUCAAACCCACUGAUGUGUUUGUGAUGUAAUUUACUACAUAUUUAAUGAUGAUCUGCUGUUGCUCUCUGUUUAAACCUUUAGGUAUCAGGGUAUUAUUCUUCUGUAUUGUACAUUAUCUAAUUUGAUUUCUUCUAAAAACUACAAAUUGUAGGUCAUUCAUGUUCUGUUCACUUUUUUCAGCCGCAACUUCAAACCCUCGCAAAUCAUGAACUGAAGUAAAGAAGGUACUAGCUGGAAAGAAUGUUUUGGCUUGGGGCUUUAAUUGAAUCAACUUUAAACUUGAAAGUUACUUUGUUACUCAAAAGAUUUCAACUUCCCAAUAAUAUGACCCGUGUGAUCAGAAAGAGGGAGUAUAUCUUUUUUUUUUUUUUUGAACCCUCAUCUUUUGAAGGUUACAAACUGUUCCUUUUUUAGUAACAAUGUAAUAAUGUUGAGACCCUGCUCUUUGGUAUAAAGAGAUAGCAGAAAAUAACAAGACCUCAAAGGCACUGAAAAGAUCAAACAGGAAUGUUCAAAAAAGCUUUUUAAAAAAAAAAAAAAAAAAAAAAACACUCAAUAGUAACUUAACCCAAUGGCCAAGCUUUAACUACAAUACAAGACCAGUACAGUAUGUAACAUAUUUAUUUAUAUAUUGUACAUUAAUAUGUUAAGGACUGGUAUUAGAAAUGUAGUCCUAUAUAUAAAAAAUAGGUUUAUGUAUACUGUGUUAAAUAUUUGCUGAGCUGUGCUAGAUUUUAUUUUUUUCUACAUCAUUUAAUAAUUGUUCAAAGAAUUGCAACUAAUGAGGCUGGUAAUUCUACAGCACUGCCCUUAUGGCACAGUGGUUCCUAACCUGUAAAUCUCAGGCGGCCCCUAUAUAAUUCAUGUACAGCUAUGGCCAACAAUUUUGCAUCACCCUAUAGAAGGAACACAUUUUGCUUCAAAAUGUUGAAUGAAACCUGCUGAAUAAUGUUAUUUUUUGUCGUUUUCCAUAUACUUCUGAAAAACUGACAAAAACAUGAAAUACUGUACUACCCUUAUGGCUUUCGAUAGACUUUAGCGAUGUCAUUUUGUAGCUUCUUUGAUUACAUUGUUAAAUAAAACAUCUAAAUUAUGUUUAUACAUUUAAUUUUUUUUUUUUCUCAAUCCUAAAAUUGUAGGUGAUGCUAAACUUUUGGCCAGAGCUUUAUGACGGUAUUUUCACUUACUUUGUUUCGACGGUUGGCCUCGACUUUCGGGGCUCAUGACACAGCUUCAAAACCGAGGCGAGGCUGACAAUGAGGAGGUAGGGUGAAAGUUACCUGUGGGAGUUACAGCCACCAUCCAGUGGUUAGUGAAAGGAUUCUCCUGUCAAUCAAAGUAUCUUUUUUGCAGUAUUUAGUGCGACACUUUGCGUAGCUUAACUUGACCACCCAAAGCUAUUCAGUCGUUUUUCUCAUUUGAGGACAGGCUUCUUUGUAAUUUGUUGCAGCAUUUUUAACUGGCAUCUACCUGUUAUUUGAAUGCAGUCUUUAACUUGUUAUGACUUACUCUAAUUUUGUAAACGACGAAUGUUAAGUCUAAAUGUAACUGUUGAUUCUGCAAAUUCAGCCCUUCAGAUGCUUUUAUGAUGCCUCAAUACAAAAUAAGAAACCAAAGCCAAAAAAUGAUACAUAUCUUGGUGUUUUCCUCCCCACAGCGAUGAGAACUCUCCAUUUUCUAUGUGUUGAGGUUCAUAGCUGGUGUGAAAUUUCACUGCUCUGAUUAUGGGCUUGUCUAACUGGACUGUCCUCAAAAUAGGAGCAGCAGUUAAUUUUUUUUCCGGUUUUGACAUAUUGGUUCAGAAUGUAUCAAAUUACAUAAAUACAGCCUGUGUUGAGAAUUUUUUCAAUGUACUUGGUACUUAAUGGGUUAAUCUCACCUAAAACAGCAUUUCAAAACAAACCCUGUGCCGCCUCUUGUCUGAAUUCCAAUUUAUCUAUCCAUCAAGAGACUAUAAAAUAAUUAUCUUUUACGCCACAUUCUUUCAUUUGAAAUUAAAGUGAUUUUCUCAAAACAAACAUUUAUUUUGGGGUUUUCAAAACUUUACUGUAAGUAGAUAUGUUAUUUUCUUGGAAAUGAUUUACAACUGUUACAGGGACUGAAAAUAAACAAUCAAAAACUGACAACAGUUGUUGUUUGUGACCAGUUAUAAUUCCAAUAUUCUUCACACAGCCUGUGUUUGUUUUAUUAGUUAAUAAAGCUGCUAUUGGGUUUGUGGUGCCACAAUUAAACACUGUUAUCCUACCCUGAGCGGUCCUGUCCAAGGGCUGGUUCAACUAUUGAAUGAGAGUUUGCACUGGGAUAUUUUUAUUUAAAACACACGCGUAUCUAAUGUGGAAUGCUGGUGUUUGCUGUUUCACUUGGUAUAAGAAAAAAUAGAUGCAUGUAGAUUUGAUCCUUGUGCCUUCUCACUAAUAUACGACGGGGUCAAUGUUAUCGCUUGCAUUUGUGAGAAGACAGUAAUAGAUUCACAUUGUGACUAGUACGUUUGGUUUAAUGUUGUUGCUGUAUGUGUUAACUGUCUUUAAUGGUAUGAUACUUCCUGUGUGAUCUUUGGCUGAUCCAGUAAGGACAUUGAUCACCUAUCUAUGUAACUUAUUCUAUAGUUUUGCUCGAAUUUUACUUUUAUGUCCAGUGAGGGUCUUAAGCUGAGGGAACAUGAAGCCCCUUUGUGUCUUGGAACUUGGUUUCAGGGGACUAGGUUUCAGGUCACUGCAUGGCACACCAGGGGAGGCUUGGGGUUUGAUACAGCAGAGUUGUCUCAAACUAGGUCUUCCACUCUCCUGGAAAAAGGUUUCAAGCCACUGUUCCUGAAAACGUGGCUUUGUGUCCCUUCAGCUUUGAAUCAAGAUCAGCGACUGACUUCUUUAUUAACCUUGUGUGUAUUGAAUUGAUUUAUUUUAAGAACAGUUCACAGUGUUGUACAUAGUUCCGAUUGCUAUGCCUUUUUGAAUGUACAUCUGCAGUUUGUUUUAAAUCUUUGUUUUUGUGUGUCUACUACACGUCCAGCUUCAUUAAAGAAAGUUGCAUAUGGUA